GAGCAGAUGAUUGGCUGAUGCUGCCGGAGGGUUACAAUUCAAACGCGGGCGGGCGGGCCCGCAGCCCCGCAGUUGCAGUCGUGUUCUCGGAGUUCCUGUCUCCUUGCCAGAGUCGCUCCGAUGGCCUCCCAAAACCGCGACCCAGCCGCCGCCAGCGUCGCCGCAGCCCGUAAAGGAGCCGAGCCGAGCGGGGGCGGCGCCCGGGGUCCUGUGGGCAAGAGGCUACAGCAGGAGCUGAUGACGCUCAUGAUGUCUGGUGACAAAGGAAUCUCUGCCUUCCCUGAAUCAGACAACCUUUUCAAAUGGGUAGGGACUAUCCAUGGAGCAGCUGGUACGGUAUAUGAAGAUCUGAGGUAUAAGCUCUCCCUAGAGUUUCCCAGUGGCUACCCUUACAAUGCACCCACAGUGAAGUUCCUCACGCCCUGCUAUCACCCCAAUGUGGACACCCAGGGUAACAUCUGCUUGGACAUCCUCAAGGACAAGUGGUCUGCCCUAUAUGAUGUCAGGACCAUCCUGCUGUCCAUCCAGAGCCUGCUAGGAGAACCCAAUAUCGAUAGUCCUUUGAACACACAUGCUGCUGAGCUCUGGAAAAACCCCACAGCUUUUAAGAAGUACCUCCAAGAAACCUACUCGAAGCAGGUCUCCAGCCAAGAGCCCUGACCCGGACUGUCCAGCCUCUCCUGGGUUGUCUUUAUUUUUUCUUAGAUGGUCUGUCUUUUCCUUGAUUUCUGUGUAGGACUCUAUCUUUGUGCUGUGGUGUUAUUUUUGUUUUGUUUCUGUUUUAAAUUAAGUAUCUGGUUGAGCCCUUGUAAUGUAAAUUAAAUAAAUAUUGUCUUGGUUGUUUUU